UAUUCUUUUUUUUUUUUUUGGGUUACGCCUUUGCUGUGUGUUGCUGCUCAACCCUUUCAUUCUUUCUCUUACUUCGUCUUUCUCUCUCUAAAAUCUGAGGGCUCCGAUUGUGCCCUUUUGACUGCUCUUUCAUUCCAGUUGGCGUUCUGAGAAGAGUGUUAGUGAAAUAUUUCUUGACCAGGGAAUGGCUGGGACUGUGAGUGAGGAGUCUGGAGUGGGGAAGUCUGUGGAGGGAAUUUCAAAUGGGCAGCGUUUUCAAUCUGGAGAAGCAUUGGCAGAAUGGCGGUCUUCGGAGCAGGUGGAGAAUGGAAUUGCGUCUACCUCUCCUCCUUACUGGGACACUGAUGAUGAAGAUGAUGGACCAAAACCUUCGGAGUUAUAUGGAAGAUAUACAUGGAAAAUAGAAAAGUUUUCUCAAACUACCAAAAGGGAACUUCGCAGUAGUGCAUUUGAGGUUGGCGGCCACAAAUGGUAUAUCUUAAUAUAUCCACAAGGUUGUGAUGUCUGCAAUCAUCUAUCACUGUUUCUGUGUGUAGCUAAUCAUGACAAACUUCUUCCAGGAUGGAGUCAUUUUGCACAAUUUACAAUAGCUGUGGUUAAUAAAGACCCAAAGAAAUCAAAAUAUUCUGAUACAUUGCAUCGAUUUUGGAAGAAGGAGCAUGACUGGGGAUGGAAAAAGUUUAUGGAACUGUCUAAGGUGUAUGAUGGAUUUGUUGACUCUUCUGACAAUCUGAUAAUAAUAGCUCAAGUUCAAGUCAUAAGGGAGAAAUCAGACAGGCCUUUUCGUUGCCUUGAUUGUCAGUAUAGGAGAGAACUUGUCAGGGUGUAUUUGACAAAUGUAGAACAAAUUUGUCGUCGUUUUGUGGAGGAGAGAAGAAGCAAGCUUGGGAAGUUGAUAGAAGACAAAGCUAGGUGGUCAAGCUUCUUUACUUUCUGGCGGGAAAUUGACCAAACUUCUAAGCGCCGCAUGUCUAGGGAGAAGACAGAUGUAAUUUUGAAAGUAGUUGUAAAACAUUUCUUUAUAGAGAAAGAAGUCACUUCUACUUUGGUAAUGGAUUCCUUGUUUAGUGGAUUGAAGGCUCUUGAAGGCCAAACUAAGAGCCAUAAAGGUAGGGUGAAAUUGUUGGAUGCCGAAGAAAUACCAGCACCGAUUGUUCAUGUCGAGAAAGAUAUGUUUGUACUGGUGGAUGAUGUUUUGCUGCUACUUGAAAGGGCUGCUAUAGAACCACUGCCUCCAAAAGAUGAGAAGUGUCCUCAAAACCGUACAAAGGAUGGAAACUCUGGAGAGGAUUUCAAUAAAGAUUCUAUAGAGCGUGAUGAAAGGCGGCUAACUGAAUUGGGUCGUAGGACUUUGGAAAUAUUUGUCCUUGCCCAUAUAUUCAGUAAUAAAAUUGAGGUUGCCUACCAGGAAGCUGUUGCUCUCAAAAGACAAGAAGAACUCAUCCGUGAAGAAGAGGCUGCAUGGCAAGCUGAAAGUGAUCAAAAAGCAAAACGUGGAGUCAGUGAGAGGGAAAAGAAGUCAAAGAAAAAACAGGCCAAACAAAAACGUAACAACCGGAAAGGAAAGGAUAAAGGGAGGGAUGAUAAGACUACUGUGUCUGUACCUGAAAAGAACCAAGACAAUGCUGUUGAUGAGAAAAAUGAUUCUAACAUGGAGGAAGCUCAGGCUCUGUCUGAAAAGCCUGAUGCCAUGGAAGAUGUUUCUGAUGUGUCUGACUCUGUGGAUGGAGUUGCUGAAACACUUCAGCCUGAUUCAGAAGACAGAGAUGUUAGUCCUGUUAAUUGGGAUACUGAUGCAUCAGAAGUACACCCUCCAACUAAGGCUAGAAACAAUAGCAUAGGUGGUAUUUCUUUCAUACAAAAUGGAAUUUCUGAGAAAAGAAGCAGUUCCAUCAUAGAUGAUAGUUCUUCAACAUGUUCUACUGAUUCUCUUCCAUCAGUAGUUAUGAUUGAUCCCCACAAGGGAAACUCUUUUUCAAAUUGUAAAGUCCAAAAGUCGCCUAGCAGAGGUAAGAAUCGAGGCAAAACACCAUCUGAUGGUAGUUGGACGAAUGGAAUAGAUAGUCAACCUUCUGGUUCUGCAGCAGAUGCUGGGGAUAUUACUGACGAGUCUGGAAGUGGUAAGACUGGCGAAUCUGAGUCUGAGGUUGCUGUUCUCUCCUUGCAGGAUCGGUUGAAGUGGGCCGAGCAGCAUGUUAUCAGAAAGGAAGAGGAGGUUCUUUCACAUAAGAAACCGGGCAUUAAAGACCUAGUUGAGACAGAGAGACCGAAUCAAAGCCUACAGAAAGAGAAGAUAUCAGAUGUGCCAUCCUCACCUAUUAGUCCUCCUAGAAACUUAUCCUCCUCUGUUCAAAUGAAGUUGGAACACAAGAUUAACCCUAGUGUAGAUCCUGCUCAUGUCAGGAAAACAUCUUCAAGCGGCUCCCAACAGACUGAUAAAGAUCCAUCUUCACCUUUUACUUCUGCAUCACCAGUUCCAGCUGUAUCAGCUGUGUCCAAAACUCAGAUCCAAAAGACUUCAUCUGCGCGAUUAACUGAAAGAUCUGUGACUCAAGUGCCUAUGAUGUCAAGACCUUCAAGUGCUCCUUUAGUUCCUGGCCCCAGGCCAACUGCUCCUGUUGUCUCUAUGGUUCAAGCGACUCCCUUACUUGCACGCUCAGUUAGUGCAACUGGCCGGUUGGGUCCUGAUCCCUCACCUGCUAUUCAUAGUCAUGCUCCUCAGUCCUACAGAAAUGCAAUAAUGGGGAACCCUGUGGUCUCAGCUACUGCUAGUCUGACCCAUUCCAGCUCCUCAAGUUCGGCAGUAAACCCAUCACCUGGCUAUUCUCAACCAUCUUCCUUGGUGUCAUCACCAUUAUUUUUAUCCCAGAGCUCUGACAGAUUGGACACUACUGCUGGUCAGGCUGGUGUUCCUUUUAACUUGAUUACCCGGGAUGUUUUACAGAAUGGUCCCCAGUGGAUUGAGAGUCCUCAAAGGGAAUCAAGCAGAAACAUGCACUAUGAUCAUCCCUCUGUGCUUAAUGAUGUUCAAAAUCAUGACUUGUACAGGCCAGUACACAGUAGAUCUAUGGGCAACAUGUCAUUGUCAACUGAGUUCUCUGCCUGCACAUCUGGGCGUCAGAACCAAGGGUUGGUGGAUGAGUUCCCACACCUUGAUAUCAUAAAUGACCUGCUUGAUGACGAACAUGGUAUUGGGAAGACGGCCAAGGCAAGUUCAGCAUUCCAGUCUCUUAAUAACGGCUCACAGUUACUGAGUCGACAGUUCACUUGUCCUGGGGACUUUGGUGCAAAUGGUGAUUUGGGAUCUUCAACCAGUUCUUGCAGGUUUGAGAGAUCACGAAGUUAUCAUAGUGACCAUAGAUUCUCAGGAGGCUAUAGCUUGUCUGGUGUGCAUUAUGAUCCACCGAGGGAUUAUGUUCCACCGAUGAGUAGUGUGCCUUGUGUCAAUGGGCAGGUAGAUGGGUUGAUUCCAAACCAAUGGCAGGUGGCUGGUUCCGAUCUUUUGUACCUAGGCAUGAGAAACACAGAGAAUGAUAGUUAUGCAUACUAUCCAGAUUACUCAAAUAUGGGAUGUGGUGUCAAUGGUUAUGUAUUCAGGCCAUCGAGUGGUUCUUAGAGGGAAACGGUAACGAAGCGUGCCCACGAAUGAGUGGUCACUAACAAAUGUAAUGUAUUUGAGGAAAUUGUUGGGUCUUUUUAGAUUGGAGUGAGGUUGUAAUCUCUCUUGAUAAGAAAACAUUUUGUAAAGAGUGUUUUUGAGUUAUUUGCUUCCAGCUUUUUUCCAGUUCAUGAUCACGCCUUCCUGGGAUUAUGGAUGAAUCGUGAUAAGCUUGAACACAUUUGUUUUUAAUAACUUGAGCUUGCCAUGCAUCCUCUCAUUUUAGAUGCGUGCUCUAGAUUUUGAAAACAAUGCUGUGUAUAAGCUAUGGAUAUUAAUAGGACAAUUGCAAGUGUUCGGUAGUUACCUAUAUAUAUUAUAUAAAAAAGGCUUGUACUUUAUUAAUUCUA